AUGGAGGUUCUAAAGAUCUCGUAUGGGGUAGAGAAGCUCCAAGGUCUGGUGGACGAGCGCAGGAGGCUGGUUUCCGUCCUCAAAAUGAAGCCGUCUACCAAUGACACGAUCAAUAUGAAAAGACAGAUGAAUGCGGUGCUGGACUCGCUGCAGGCCGCUGCGAAUGCAGCCACUAGCGAGGACUUUGUUCAGCUGAAUGCCCUCAUCGAAAAGUACAACGACGCGGUCGCCGACAUCCCUGAUGACUCGCUCGACAAAGAGCUCUACAAGUUUGCAAGUAUAGAUAAGCCUCCCGAGACCGCCAUAAGCAAACUGCCCGAGCCAAAGAAGGUGAGGUUUAAAGAUGAUGUGUUGGAGUACGAUGAAAGUACCCAAGAUGCGCCUACUGCUUUCGCACCUUACUCCGAUGAUGUAUCGGACGAGGAGCGGCUCGAACACGACAAAACCAGGCUUUUCCAAACGGGCAGCAGUGAAAGCACGGGCCUGGAUGGCUUGGCAGUAGCCCCGCAACUGUCUAACCAGGAGCUGUUCAUCCAGCAGCAGCAGCAGCUUCUCGAGCAAGACUCUCACUUAGACAAUCUUUCGCGGUCCGUGCACAGCUCACACGUUUUAUCGCUGGAUAUCCAUCACGAAGUGGCAGACCAAAACGACGGCGUUCUGCAAGACCUGGAGAGUCUCGUGAACAACAGUGGUCGCAACCUCGACCGUGCAAAGAAAAGGCUGCGCAUAUUUGAAAACACAGCUCGUGAGAACGGGCCGUGCUUCAUUAUUGUGGUGCUAUUCGUUAUUUUAAUAGUCCUUUUGAUCAUUCUGUGA